GCAGAAACGAGUCGAAGGUGGAAGUAAGAUUAGCUCAUGAGGCUAGGUAGAUUUCGUGAGUAAUUUAUCUAGCUUUUAAAAAAAAAGAUUGUAAUUUUUCUUUAAUGUACAGCUUAACGUUACAUGUUUUUGUUAGAAUAUAUAACGUCAGCUACAUGUUUUGGCAGUUAGGUGGUUGCUGAGGUAGAUAUCUACUUUCCUCUGGGCAUUAAAUGUAACGUUAGCUAACGGUAACGGACAGCAGCCUCUCUCCGGCGUGUAGCUACUCUCCGCCAGGUUAUUUUUUGGUCUUUUUUUUUUAAAAACCGAUUUCUAUAUAAACAUGCCUAUUCAGCUGACAAGCCAGGCUUACUGUAAACUGGUUUUACAUGCUGCCAAGUAUCCUCACUGCGCGGUGAAUGGGUUAUUGGUGGCAGAAAAAACGAAGGAGAAAAAGAAAGACAGCCACAGUGAGCCAGUCUUGUGUGUUGACUGUGUGCCGCUGUUUCACGGCACUCUUGCUCUGGCACCAAUGCUAGAAGUAGCUUUAAAACUGAUCGAUACCUGGUGUAAAGAAAAUAAUUAUGUCAUUGCGGGAUAUUAUCAAGCCAACGAACGCUCAAAGGAUUCGAGACCCAACCAAGUUGCAGAAAAAGUGGCUGCCAGAAUUUCCGAGCACUUCAGUGACGCAGCAAUCGUUAUGGUGGACAGUAGUAGAAUAACAAUGAGCUGUUUUGAGCCCGUUGUGUUUAUCUAUGACCAUCAUGAAAACAAGUGGAAAAGCAGAGAAGUAACUGCCGACUGUUUUGAGGACUGGAGCGAAGCACAGAAGAUCACCUCUGCUCUGUUAGAGGGCAGGUCCUACGAGAACUUGAUUGACUUUGAUAAUCACUUGGAUGAUCUGAGGAAUGACUGGACCAACCCUGUGAUCAACAAGUCUGUCCUGGAUCUGUGCUAAGAGAGUAAGUCCAGAGUUACCCUGGACACGCAGACAGAUAUUGCCACUGUUUCAGCAUGCAUGAUGCUACUUAUUGUGUAGCACGGGAGAAGAAAAAUGCUGAACGCAUGGUGUGUGUUCCAUUAAGAGCCCUUUGUACUGAGGAUAAACUGCAGAGCACUGACCAGUUAGGCCAAAAUCUCUCAAGGGCAAGCGCCAUAUGUGCACUGUUGGCAUGUGUCCGCCUUUAAAAGGUGGUACUGAGGUGAUGAAGGCAAUUGCGUUUUUGACUGCAACUUAAUUCUUUGGGUUUUUUUUUUUUUAAUGGUUUGUGUUAAUUCAUAGUUGUGUGUAAAUUCUAGAGUAUUUGAUUUUUUUUUUCCUCUUAAAUUUUGCAGAUAGUAGCCGUACAGAGAUCAAGUCCGAAAUUAAAGAUUAAGGAGAUGAUUGUACUACUGAGAUAUGAUAUAGAUACAUGUUCUUUAUCAAAGGACUAGUUUGUUUUAAGUCCUGAAACUCGAUUCACAUAGUACUGUAUUCUGAAGAUGUUUAUGGGGAAUUAAUUAAUAAUACUCCUAAAAAUGACAAUAAGGAUGAAAGACAACCAGAGAGAGGGAUCUUUAAAGUUUUGUUUUUUUUAUGAGUGUAUAUUGCAUCCCAGCUCAAGUCCUUCUGCAGAUGCACCAGUAAUAAUAAUGGGAUGAUCGAUUUUAAAUAUUUAUGCAAACAUCUCUAUGAUGUAUGUGUCCUAUUAUUAUCCCCGGCGCACUUCAGAUGGCCUGGCUGAUGUACACAUGACAGCGCUUUUGGUUUAUGAUUGUUAUUCUGAAGGAUUUGUUCUGAAACACAAUACACUGAAUCAGAUAACAGGAAUAUGUGAAUUUUGUUUUAUGUUGUAAGAAUUAGGUAGAGGUUUUUGUUUAUACUUAAUGGCCCAUUCUAAAUUCUACUAUUUAAUAAGUAAUGUUAAAACAUUUAAAUUCUUAAUGUGAGGAUACAGAACUACCUUUGUAUAUGAGAUAAGAAUUAAUCAGUAAGAGCUAAUUACGUUAAAAAAAAUGGAUGUCACAUUUUUUUACAGAUAUUUUAUGAGCUGAAUGUACAAUGAAACCAUCUUUUGAAACUAUGUCUCUAUCAGACUCUUGUUAUUUAGUAAAUUCUUUUGCUAGGUGUUUUAUACCACUGACUGGACUGUUGAGAAAAAGUUGCUAAAAGUACAAAAGCAGUUACUGAUCAGCUUCAGGGCUUAAGCUUUUGCUAAAGCUAAAGCUUAAGCCCUGAAGAAUAAAAUAGCAAUAGAUAAAUAUAGUACUUUUCAAAGUAAGGUGCCUCCACCAUGAGCAACAAUCAAACAUCAAACUGCCACUUGCACCCAGUGCUGGGGAAGAUAUUUGGAAAUCAGAGCUGUGCAAGCUACAAGUACUUCACACUGAGGUUUCAUUACAGCAAACCUAUUCUUUGGAGAAAUGUAGCUACUUAGAAAAAGUAGUUCAAACAAAUUUGUGAAAAUUAAUAAUAAUGGAUUUUUUAAAACACUGUUCACAUGUAAUAUAAAAUUUAAAUAUAAUAAAAUACAAAAAAAGUCACAGGGCAUAAAAAAGUCACUUAAGUGUAUUGCAACAAGGGACCAAUUUUCACAGUUCAUAAGCCAAAACCAUGGUAAAGUGCAAGGAAUGUCUUUGAUUUUGUAAACCAUGUCAAGCAACUGGACCCCUACCUUCCAUAAUACUAUAAGUAAUACAAUACAAAUUUAUAUUCAGAAACACAUUUUGCAUAAUGAGUACUUUUUAUACUUUAGAUGGUCUAUGUUUUGAUGAAAAUACUUACUGUAUGUAGGCUACAUUACUAACAUUUAAAAAAUGUAAUAAAGAGCAGCAAUCCAGUAAAUUCUGCUGUUGUAUGGAUACGUUCCUGAUAUGAAGAACAAAUACACCUUCUGUAACAAAAAGGUAGAAACAUUAGAACACUUAUUAUUUCAAUGCCUACAUGUGACUUUCUUCUGGACUGAUUUUCAGUUGGAUCUCAGACAUUUUGCUCACAGCAUUUUACUUAAAGCACCCAAUUUGUUAGCUAAAUU